GAAGGGAUUGUUGCGUUUUCGUGAUCGUUUCUCUGUUGACUUGGAUGUACUCGAAUUUGUUACGACCAAAACUUGUGCCUCCUGUUAUAGACUUUAGAAUCGUUGAUAUCCUGGUUGUGAUUGUAAUUCAAGGUAUGUUGUAUUUGUGUUUGGGUCAAUAAUGAUCUGUUUUGUUUUGAUUGCCCUUGGGUGUAAUUGUAUUCAUUUUAUAUGCCCUUAGUGCUGUCAGUAAGAUGAACAUAAAUUUUGAGAGGAAAUACAAAUAAAAAAUCUGAAAAAAAAAACAUAAAAAAUGGGAGGUUGAGGAAAUUGUUUGAGUGAACAAUUUUCAUGACUGAAUAUAGUUUUUACAGUUUUUACUAAAAAAAAAUUUAUACAGCAAUUAUUUGGAGCUAGUUCUCAUAAAGGGGGCCAAUAAUUCUAGAGUUGACUGUAAGUUUCAGAUUCACAUUGUUUUGAGCCAUUAUAAAUGCAGGGUAUUGUUUUAAACAAGCAGAACUGCUGUCCAGUACUUGCUAUAUAAAAAGAAAAUAUGAAGCUGGUUAACAUGAACAGGAAGUGGAACUAGCUUUGUAUGCGGUAAAGCAGACAACGCUGCAAUAAGUAUCACAAACAGGAAGUGUCUGUUAUUCUUCAGGGCCCUGAUGCACACUGAGCGUAUCAGUCAGUUGUAGUGUGGGGGGAAAAAGAAAGAAAAAAAAAAAAGGACAAAAAGAAAUGGCCCACGCAAGGGAUCAAAGCUUUGGCCAUUCUAUGGGCACCAACUCAGCUCUCCAAAAGCUGGACAAUUUGGCCAGUCGUUUUCUUCCUUUCAAGAGCCGCAAGGGAACCCAUGACAAAUCACAUGAGAGCGAUGGGCCGCAUGUCUCCGGGUACACCGUCAUUUGGGAUGAAACAAUGAAAGAAUUUUUAGCCAAAGCUAGAGAGGAUUUCUUGAGGAAAUGGGAGUGUCCACCACAGAGCACAACCUGCCUUGAUGACUUUGAAAGACUGAAAACUCUGGGCACCGGUUCGUUUGGAAGAGUUAUGUUAGUGAAACAUAAAGGCACAGAGCAAUACUAUGCUAUGAAAAUCCUGGACAAGCAAAAAGUGGUGAAGCUGAAACAAAUAGAACACACGCUAAAUGAGAAGAGAAUAUUGCAGGCCGUCUCUUUUCCAUUCCUCGUCAGACUGGAAUACUCUUUCAAGGACAACUCCAACUUGUAUAUGGUUAUGGAGUAUGUUCCUGGUGGAGAGAUGUUCUCACACCUCAGACGAAUUGGACGAUUCAGUGAGCAGCAUGCCAAGUUCUAUGCAGCUCAGAUCGUGCUCACGUUCGAGUACCUUCACUCGCUAGACCUCAUCUAUAGAGACCUGAAGCCGGAGAAUCUUCUCAUCGACCAGCAUGGAUACAUCCAGGUUACAGAUUUUGGCUUUGCUAAAAGAGUAAAAGGAAGAACUUGGACAUUAUGUGGCACACCAGAAUACCUGGCUCCAGAGAUCAUCCUUAGCAAGGGCUACAAUAAAGCUGUGGAUUGGUGGGCACUCGGUGUUCUGAUCUAUGAGAUGGCGGCAGGAUACCCACCCUUUUUUGCUGACCAGCCAAUCCAAAUUUAUGAGAAAAUUGUAUCUGGAAAGGUCCGAUUCCCUUCUCACUUCACUUCAGAUCUGAAGGACUUGCUGAGGAAUCUUCUUCAGGUUGAUCUCACCAAACGCUUCGGCAAUCUGAAAAACGGCGUCAACGACAUUAAAAACCACAAGUGGUUCGCUGCGACAGAUUGGAUCGCAAUUUAUGAAAGAAAAGUUGAGGCUCCCAUUAUACCAAAGUGCAGAGGCCCAGGUGACACGAGCAACUUUGACGACUACGAAGAGGAGGAGAUCCGGAUCUCAGACACAGAGAAGUGCGCUAAGGAGUUCAUGGAGUUUUAGUUGAAACAAGAGCUCUCAAAGGGCUCGUACAUUUUUUGGAUUUUUGUUUUCUCCUUUACUUUGCACUCCUUCAAAGGUGAGAGGCGAAGCUCCGACCUUCAUGUGUGUUUCACAUUUCUUCAUUCCACAAAGGUUACGAGAGAUACAUGAGUGCCGUGAUCUCUGUGUGCAAAUCGCACCGAGCUAUACAUGAAGUUCGGCACGAAACCGCAGUUUCUCUUUCGGGCUGCAUCACAAAGCACCAGACACACUCUUAGUUUGUUUCUCUCUUUUUUUUAUUUUGUUAUAUUUCUUCUUGUAAUUAUUUUAUUUGUAGUAUUUUUUUUUAAUUAUUGGACCGAAUGAAGAGCUACUUUAACUUGUGUUUAAGGAGAUUACUAUCAGUCUGUGAUACUGCACUUUUUUAAGGAUUGGUGCUGCUUGUUCUUGCCAGCAACAUAUUACAUCAGUUACGUGCUAAUUCAGUUCUUAAGCUUUAUGCUGUUCGUGACAUAUUCACUUCCCGCCUACGUAGAGUGAAUGUGUGUAUGCUUGUGUAUCACUGUGUGGGUGGUACGUGCGCGUGCGCGCAUGCGUGCGUGCGUGUGUAUGUGUGCGCAUGCGUGCAAAAAGCCUACUGAACGAGUAUUGUGAAGGUUAUUAUUCUAAAUAUUAUUAUUAUUAAACACUUUUUUUUUAAUAACAGCCAGAGCAGAUAGUGUAUAUAUAUA